CCGCCAAUGACUCGCUCCCCCCUUUCUUGAAAAUCAAAACACCCGCCGUCCUUCUCACCCAAAUCGAAACUCCUCUCCCCCAUACUUCUCUCCCACAUCCGCACGAGCAGUCUGGUUUAGAGGUGAUAACCGGCAUCCCUGCGACCACUCUCCUCUUCGAAGCCGUUCUUUAUCUGUGUCGAUUCGAAGCGGGGCUUCUCGAAGUGUGGGCGAUUUGAGGGUUAAGAAGCGACGAGCCCUUUCUUCAACUUUAAGACGGCGACGCACACCAGUGGAGAUGGCGGACGGGUCCCUGAAGCUACGCAUUCCAAGUCAUGAUUAUUUCCCCGCGCAGUAUUCCGUCUGUUCAGCCUUCAGAAUUGCAGCGAAGUGGGUAAAAGACAGAUUUUAGCUACAUAAGUGGAUUACCAAUACAUGACGAACCAGAAGCUGCUGAAGCAGACCUUGCCGCACCAGAGGAUGAAGAUUGUGGAGAUGAUUCUGGACAGCAAUCUGGCCAAGAAGAUGAACCAGUAGGGGCCCUUGCGGAGAAGUAUUUCGGUGGCAAAGAUAACAUAACCCACGCCAAUAUGAAGAAUAUCUUUACAAAACUGAAGCCAUCCAAACGCGGUGAUGAUGCUGUGAAGUUGGCCUCGUUGUUCUAUAUUGAGUGCAUUUUGCUUGCCAAGGACAACACUACGAGGAUCAAUUCAUCAUCAGUCAGAUUGGCCAAUGAUUUAGAGGCAUUCGGGAAGUGUCCGUGGUCACUUCAAUCUUACAAGAUAUUGGUGAAACACAUGAAGGAUCUGAUGCAAGACCAACCUGAUAAGUUCCAGGAGCGGAAGAAGAAGAAUCCUAAGUAUAAGAAUGCAAAGUUAUCUGUUUACGGGUUUCCACUAGUUUUGCAGGUGUGGGCGUACGAAGAAAUUCCUGAAGUUGGUACGCACUUUGCAAACAAAGUGGGUAAUCAUGACGUGCCUUUGCUUAAUUGGACGGCUGUACCGAAAUUUCAUUACUCCAAGCUUAGAAGAUUGGUCUUUCUAGAGGAGGAGGAAAAGGUUUCUGAUUCAGAGGAGGGAGAGGAAGAAGAUGAAACAAACGAGGAAGACGUUCAAGUUUUUGAAAAACUGAAAAUAUUGGAGGAGAUGCAGAACCUGCGGGUAUGUGUUGAAAAGGUGGAAAAGAAGAUUACUAUCGUUGAAGAUAGUAUUUCAGAAAUUAAGGUACUACUUCAGAAGCUGAUUGGUAAUCAGAAUCCAUCUGUUCAAGAAGAGGUUGAUAAGGUUGAUAAUGAUGACGUGGUUGUUCAGGACGAGGCUGCGGUUGAGGCGGAGGGUGAGAACAUAGUACAAACUAGUGACGGUGAAGAUGCCGAGGUUAUCCAUGCUGAUGCCGGUCAAGGUGAAGGUCAAGGUCCCGCUGCAGAUGUUCCUUUGAAGAGCACGAGUGUACAUGAAGAAGGUGCCGCUGCAGAUCGUCAUGGGGUGGCAUACAGGCAGUUAUCUCCGACCGCAGAUUUUACCGCCCAUGAAGAUGGUGUUGUUAAGGAAGUUGGGGACGUUAGCAACCCCUUAAAGAAUGAAGGUGGCACACGGGCAGAUUUGAUCAUCUCAACUGUGGUGACUGAGGUGGAUUGGGAAAAUGAGCACAAUAAGCAUGGCAGCAACUUCCCGGAUAUUAUGAUGUGUUUAAACGAGGUGGAGGAUGAGCAGUUACCUUCGGUAACCGCGCCCGGUCCAUUUGAAAAUUUGGAUUGGGAUGGAGGCGAUGUUGGUAGUACACCGCUUGAUGUUGAGCCACUUGAAGAUGUCAGCACGAAACAUCGACAUAAGAGGAAACGGUGUCGUGCAAACUACAAAUGCUCACCAUACCUUGACCCGAUUAUCCCAAUUGAACCUCCUAUGUUUCACCCAAGCGACGAUGAUAUUGCAUCUCUGAAGGCGUGGAUUGAAGAACCUGACAAUGUAGAACCGAAAAUGGUUGUUCUGAAUCUACCAUCAUUUGAUGAAGUGGAUAGGGAGUUUUUCCGUGAGCUUGUUCAACCAGAUGAGACACUAUGGUCCUAUCAUAUGGAUGCUCUAUCGUACCUGCUUGUAAAAGAUUGUAAGACGGAGAAGCCGUAUAAGCUAAUAAACCCUUACUUUACGCAUCAACUGUUGAGUAAGGAUGCUAACGAUGAGAACGUCUGGACUCGCGAUAAGUAUCUACCAGCUGUGGACUGGAGAGGUUUGGAGAAGGUUUUUGUACCUUUGAAUGUUGUUGGGAUGCAUUGGGUUUUAGCGGAAAUUGACCUACAUGCAAAAUUGGUGCGUGUAUAUGACUCUAUGAGAACGAGUAGGUCAAGGUUGCAUGCGGCCGAUCUGUGUGUCAGACUUCCGCUCCUCUUCCGAGUCAUACAAGCCCACCCAGAUCUGAGUAAGGUAGAGGUUUGGAAAGCUAAGGCAGUUGCAGAUGUUCCGCAACAGGAGGGAGGAAGUAUUUGCGGACUCAUGGUUGUUGCUUAUGCGGAAGCAUUGAUGUUGGGGCUACCGAUGAGGCCAUAUUGCGAGUAUGCGAACGUGGCCAGCAAGAGAUGGCAUUUCGCACUACGGCUUUGGAGUUUGAGACAGACUGUUUCGUAGACAUAUGUGGAUGUCUAUUUUUUUGCUAAUGUGUAUACAUAACUGUCAUGGUUCCCAUGUAAGAAACAUUAUUUUGCUGGUUUUGUGUUUUUGUAACCUUCUGGAAUAUAAUGUAUGAUCAUGUACAUUGUUUUGGCGGUUGUGCUGUAAUGAACGUUGUAAAAUGUCCUACAAGGUUAUUCCCCAAGAGGGUUCAUAUGAAGCAUGUAACC